AUGAUAGAGACAGACAGGUUGAGUCGUGUUGGACAGCCUCAUAGCCAAAAUAUAAAAGCACGUCUGCGUAUACUUCCAACUCGACAUGCAUUUUGCUUCUUCAAAAUGUCUGCGAAGAAGAAGGUGAUCACAAUCGCCAUUGUUUUUCUCCUUUCCUCAGUGAGCGGACUCGGGAAACCGAGUCAGGUUAGCUCCAACUCGGUCCUGGUGGCUCUCUCCGCCGUGAAACCCGAAGGCGCCCCGGAAAUUGACCCGAGAACGUUGAAGAGAACAACCACGGUAAUACCAAAAGGGCCUCACUCGCCUCCCUCUCCACCGCCGCCUUUCCCGAUCUACCAAGCAAUGGCGUCGGAGCCAGCGACGGAAUUUGACGGCGAGAGCCAGGUGAAGGACUUCGUGCAAACGCUCCUCCACUUCGGCGGUUACAACGAAAUGGCCGAUAUUCUCGUGAACCUAACAAACUUAGCCGCGGAAAUGGGGCACCUCGUGAACGCAGGCUAUGCACUAACGGUUUUAGCCCCCAACGAUGAAGCCAUGGCGAAGAUUACGGCGGAGCAGCUGAGCGAUCCGGGGGCGCCGGAGCAGAUAAUAUACUACCACAUCGUGCCGGAGUACCAGACGGAGGAGAGCAUGUACAAUGCCGUCCGGAGAUUCGGAAAGGUGAAGUACGAAACGCUGCGCUUGCCGCACACCAUUGUUGCUCGGGAAUCGGACGGGUCAGUGAAAUUCGGGGACGGUGACAACUCGGCCUACUUGUUGGACCCGGAUAUUUACACCGACGGCCGUAUCUCAGUUCAGGGGAUUGACGGAGUUCUGUUCCCGGAGAAGAAGAAGACGAAGAAUCAGAAAGACGUCAAAACAGGCAGUCGUAAGGUCAAAGUUUCCUCCGCCAAAUCUAGAAGAGGGAAGUUGUUUGAAGUAUCAUGUCGGGUGCUACGGACCAUUGGGCAAGAUUCUUGGUUUUAUUGCAAGUAAAAAAAAAUUAAUGAAAAGGCAAUUUAUGUUUCAUUCAUAAAUGUAUUUAUUAAAAGUUUCAUAAUAUAUACUUGUUACAGUUAAUGAAAAGUUUACCAUGUCAGUGUA